AAAGUAAAUUAGUUUGUGGAAAGCGUUGCUUCUGAGCGCACGCGGCGAUUUGAAAAGUGCUAUUGGCGCGAAAACUGAUAGAUCGCGCCUGACAAACUUUUUUUUCAGGGGUGCUGGUUGUUCUUGAUGACGAACACACGGAGGUUUAAAUAAUCAAUUCGUGUUUGAAUUUAUUUCCAGUGCGCUGUGAAGUGAAUGAGUAGUUUUGUGUUGUGUAAAUAAAAAUUUCAGACCUACCAGCGGAACUUUAAUCUGUGAGAAAACGGGCGACCAAGCAAGUUUGUGCUUUAUCUCCGGGAAGCAAGGCCGGAUAACGAUGUGCGGUGACAGCGGAACGGACGACCACGCUUGACCGCGAAGAUGCGACUGCCGCGGGGGCUCCUCGCCAGCGCGGCCCUGCUUCUGGCGCUGGCCCAGCACGCCGCGGCGAAGAAACCGAAGACCCACCUAUGCCCCAUCGGAUUCGACCUCGCUUACACAACAGACAGAAAACCCGUCUGCUACCGCCUCAAAAACACCCCAGAACUAUUCACAGACAAAUUCAAAGACUGCGCCGGCAACAUAUUCACGACUGAACUGUACCACAGUCUGAACUUAACCAAAACGAAUCAUGUUAUAUGGACAGACUUCAAAUCUACUUAUCCGGGAGGACCAUUCGUGGAUUGGUCGUACACAGAUUCCACCGGAAGACCUUUUUAUAACACGUAUGAUGUGAAAUACGACGCGUCGCUGGGAAUUGACGUGGAGUUAUGCGUGGUGAUAGACCCAGUGAGUAACUUUACGGCGGUGGAAUGUAACGCGGACGAGAGGCAUUAUAGAUAUUGUUUUGUGAAGCCAUAUCCAGACAGCGAUGAGAGAAUUAGGAAAGAUUGUAAGGGGUUUGAUAACUCCACGCGGUUCUUUAGCCCGGCGUCGACGUGUUUGACGGUAGUGAGCGGUGCCGGCGGCGGCGGGCUGCGCGCGACGUUCGCUCAAGCGAAGGACAUGUGCUUCAAGAGAGGAGGCACCGUGAUCAACGGAGGCUGGAGGCUCCUGAAUAGUCCGGUUCUGAAUAUAGCGGAGUCACGCUCUAUGUACCCAUUCCCGCUGGGUUUUACUAUGACUCCUGACAAUCAAUUGCUGAGGCUUGAUUCGGAAUUUGAUACUUCUAGGGUUCCAGAAUCCGAAUGGCAUUUUGAUAGAGUUUCCGAGAGCCCAGAUGGACGUUAUGUUGCGAUCGCCAACGAGACAUGGCAACUGGUCAACAGUUCUUUCAUCUUCUACAAAGUAAUUUGCGAGAGACCGGUUAAGCUAGAGCACAUCAAGUUGGAACUUAGUGUUGAAAAGGACAACGAUUUAGUAUUAACAGUUGACAGACCCAUAAAGAAAAACGAAAUCCGCUGUUUCACGGAUUCCAUGAAGUAUUACGCUUCGCAAGUGAAAAUUGAGAAGGACGAUGAUGACUACAAGUUUCACCUAGAUCCGACGUACGACGGCUACUAUUGGUGCAUGCAGCGAGACUACAAAAACUACUUUGUGUCAGCGUCCAACAAGACAUUGUUUGUGAAGCGUCAAGAAGACACCCUUAACCUCUACGCCACCAAGAUCCGUCUCAGCAGCGACUACAACGUCAAGUAUAUAGACUCACUGCACCGAUCUUGGAAGGAGAAGAUCAAACAGUUCAUCUUUAACCGGACCCGGUACAUUGAAGAGUUCGGCGAUUCCGAGAACAUCACCGAGGGAAUGCUGCGAUCAUUCAUGGGGGAGAAAGAUGUGUGGGGAAUGUCUGAAGCGGAGGUGAUACGCGAUUCGAGAAUAAAGAGAUUACAUUUAGACUUGAGGACGGUGUUGCUUCACAUCGAGCUGGGCCCUGAGAUGAAGCCGCUGCCUCCAGGCACGAGGAUAUCCCUCGGGUAUACUGGGGAUGGCUUCAGUUAUUUGGAUGUGGUCUUCAUGAGGCCUGCGUACGUCUGCAAGGGUUUCGAGUCUCUGCCCAGCCGAAAACUUGGAGAAUCAGAGACACCUGGUUGCAGCGUGUUCACGUGUGUGGGGGACUUCAACGAGGGUGUGCAGUGGCUGGAGACGGCUCAACCAGACUGCACCCCGACGACCACAGAGCUGGUCGCCGAAUUCGCCCUUAUACCGCCGAUGCCUACCGCUAUACCCCUGCCUAAUAAGACCGAAAACCACUUGUACUUCAAGCACAGAGAGAGUAGCUCCAGUUCCAGUGAAUCCUCCGAGAUCAAGCCGCCGCCGACACCGCCAGUGGACACUGUGAACGUCACUACAACCGAACCGAACAAUUCCACUUUCCCGGAGACGACCGUGAACAUCACUAACCCGGACACAUCCUGGAGCGUCUCCACAGAACACUUAUCCACGAAUGACCCCACAGAAGUCAGCACAGUGAACACUCCAUACUCAACUACUGAGCUCUCUGAGGAAACCACUGAAUCGCCUGAGCUGCCCUCCACCACGCAGAGGCCUCCUCAAGAGCAGCUGAACGAGGUUAUUACAGAACUAGAAAAUCUUCUCCUGAAUGGUACAGUGACCCUGGAGAGUCUUGAACGGCCUUUUGACCAGGUUAACGAAAUCUUAGACGUGGAUGACGGAGAACUAGAGAUUCCCAGCGACCUACUCCAUUUGCUGGACCAGCUGGCUUCGACCGCGAUCCUGGACGGGGAAGCGCGCGCGAUCAAGGUGCGGGACAACGUGGCGCUGAUGAUGGCGGACGCCACCCCGGACAACCCCGUCAGAGGCGUCCGGGUAGUUGCCACGACAGACGCUAGAGGAACUGACGUCUUCACCAACGCAACAUUUGACUUUCUAGAAGGUGAAUUAACCAGCUCCGAGUUGCUGAGCAGUGAGUCAGAGGCGGUGGUGUACCUGCCAGAGUCCGUGACCCGCGAGGCGCGCCGCAUCAGCUUCGUGGCCUUCCGCAACGAGCGCGCCUUCCAGUCUGAGUACAGCGUCAACAGCCGCGUGUUCAGCGUCAACGUGGAGAACCUCACGCACUUCGAGCGGGGAGAGGUGAUCGACAUCCACCUGACGCCGCUGGUGGGGACGCCGGAGCGGAACCAGAGCCGCGUGUGUGCGUACUGGCAGUUCCGCGCCGACGGCUCCGGCGGCGACUGGGCGCGCGACGGCUGCCGGCUCAUCCGCGCCACGCAAGCCGGCGCCAUGGACACCUGCCGCUGCGACCACCUCACGCACUUCGCCGAGGUGCUCGUGCCGCGCACAGUGUUCUCCGAGCGCGACGAGCGCGCGCUCGAGAUCCUCUCCGUCGUCGGCUGCUGCUUCUCCAUCGCCGGCCUGCUGCUCAUCGGGCUCACCGCCGCGCUGUUCCGCUCGUGGCGCCGCGACUACAGCAACAAGAUCUGGCUGCAGCUGUGCGCGGCCAUCCUGCUCGUGUCCGCAUGCUUCCUGGCGAUCGUGUUCGUGGACUUCGAGCGCUACGACGUGCCGUGCAUGCUGGUGGGCGUGUUGUUGCACUACGGCGUGCUGGCGUCGUUCUGCUGGAUGCUGGUGGCGGCGGUGCUGUCGUACCGGCGGCUGGUGCUGGUGUUCACACGCGACGUGUCGCACAAGCUGCUGCGCGCCGCCGCCUUCGCGUGGGGAGCGCCGUGUGCCGUGGUCGGCGUGCUGCUGGCCGCCGCGCCGCGCUCCUACGCCGGCCGCCUGGAGGACGCCGAGCCGGCGCAGAGCUUCUGCUACCCCACCGGGCUCGGGCUCUACCUCGCCGUAUACGCGCCCAUCGCGCUCAUGCUCCUCACGAACUGGGUACUAUUCCUCCUGAUAGUGCGCUCCGUGUUCGCCUCCCGCAGGAUCCAGAGGCACGGCGACUCGAACGAGGCGCUCCGGUGCGCCUCGGUCAGCUGCCUCCUGGUGUUUCUGUUCGGUUUGCCGUGGAUUUUCGGUCUUUUUGCGUCCAACGUCGUGAUGGCUUACUUUUUCAAUCUGACGGCCACGUAUCAGGGGUUCGUCCUGUUCAUAUUCUUCGUUGUCGGCAAUAAGAAGACGAGAGAUCUCUGGUUGAAUAAGUUGAAGAUAAAGCAGACGAGGAAGGUUCCGGUCACGUCGUCCACUUAUACGAAUAGGAGCAUCGGGCCGGGCUGGCGCGCCGGGACGGAGGGCGCGUCGUCGAUCGAGGCUAAGACGUCGAAGCCGCGGUCACUGACGUCGCCGGACGACUCGCGCUUCUCCUGACCGCCGCCGGGAGCGAGCUGCCUUCAAGGUGGCCGCGACGUCAGCGAGCGCUUCCAAAUAGGUCGCAAGUAGGGUCAGUCAUUCCAGGUGUACAGUGCUUUAAUGUAUAAUGUAGAGACAGAUUUUAAAUGCCUUUCGUAAGACAGUGAGUUUGAGUCUAAAAUUGUUGGUUCUGUUAUACUUGAUUACAACCUAUCGAUGCUAGGUAUGUACCUACACGUAGGAAAUGUAUGUGAAGUUGUUGGGUAUUCUAGGCUGCUGAGUAUUGCGAGUGCUUUUUAUCAGAAUUUCGACAAUAUUGCGUAAGAACAUUCUAAAACACUAUCUGUCUGCUGUCUACAUUACACUUUGUCUAUGUACAGUGGUAUUAUGACGUAUCUUGCCCGAGAACGAAACUAUAUGGAGAAUAAUAUGUGCAAGGCCGUUUCUAGUCCUUUCGUCGUUUAAAAUCCAUGUUUAAAUUCCUUUGUUGUGUUCAUAUAAAAUAUAGGAUAAGUGCACCUAUUAUAGACUUUGUACGUAUAAGUAUUUAUUUAGGAUGCCAGGUAGCUAUGUUUUCCAAAGAUUAAGAAUAGUUAUAAUAGUAAACUUUACCAGUACCUUGUAGUAUUGUUUAGAUAAGAAACGUGAAGACAAAUGUUAAGUUAAUUGAAAACUAUUGUAAACAUUUGUACAGCAUUAUUUAAUAUUAAUAUAAUUAAUAUGAAAUUAUAAAGCGUAUAAAAAUAUUUGAGGACACUAAAGUGUUAUUACAAAAUUAAAAAUCUAGUCUUAAGCUGGGUUGCACCAUCUUACAUCAACUUUAACAAUCGUCAAAAAUCUAUCAAACUCUAUACAAAAAACAACGUUGUCGUCAAACUUACGGUCAAGGUAGGUGGUGCGACUCAGCCUUAAAAAUAUUAAUUCUGUUCACAGUUAUUUUUUUUUGAGAUGCAAAGGUGCCA